GAGGCUUUCGAGUGAAUCCGGAAAAGCUUAAACCAAAACAAACCUCAAAAUGAAGUUCACCCUCUUCUGUGCAGCCCUUACUGUCCUCCUGGCCGUGGGUCAGUGCGAUCCGGACUUCCGGCAGAUAAUGCAGCAGUGCAUGCAGACCACCCAGGUGACCGAGGCCGAUCUCAAGGAGUUCAUGGCCAGCGGAAUGCAGAGCAAUGCUAAGGAGAACCUCAAGUGCUACACCAAGUGCCUGAUGGAGAAGCAGGGCCACCUCACCAAUGGCCAGUUCAAUGCCCAGGCCCUGCUCGAUACUCUCAAGAAGGUGCCGCAGAUCCAGGACAAGAUGGACGAGAUCACCUCGGGGGUGAAUGCCUGCAAGGACAUCAAGGGCACCAACGAUUGCGACACGGCCUUUAAGGUGACGAUGUGCCUGAAGGAGCACAAGGCAAUGCCAGGACAUCACUAGAGAUCUAGUAGAGAUGGCUUCGCAUAUGUCCUAAAAAGUUGAUUAGCUGAGUUUGCACAUCUCAGGUGUAUGUUGUGAAAUAAAGUUGUUCAAGUUGCACUAAAGCAAA